AGCCAGAAUGUCAUGGAGCCGACACGACUUUAUUGUUGAAAGUGCAACCGGUCACAUUCUCGGUAAACUGACACUAAAGCAGUAAAGAAGAUGCAACGAGCCACAUUCUCAUGGAGCCGAUAUUACUGCAAUGCAAAAGGAGUUGAUGUUUAUAUUGUCAUGAAACCGACGGUACUGCAGUUCAAAAGGUAAAGUAACUCAUACAACAAUUAAGCCUAUGUAGAAGUUAAAACUAGCCAAGCUCAGUCAACACUGCUUGAGAAGGCGCAAUAAAUCACAUUGUUAUUGACCUCAUCACUACUGCUGAAGAUGCAACAUGCAACAUAUUAACUGAGCUACACAACUGCACUGUAGAAUGUGCAGCUCAUCAGACUGUCAUUAAACCAGUAGCACUGAGAGUGAUGAAACAGGAGAGUGCACCAAUAUCAUUUAACUACUACCGAUAUGCUACAAAGAAGACGAUGGCUCAGGGACUGCUUGAUGUCGCCCUUCUUAUGUCAAAUGCAUCUCAACUAAAGGCAAUUUUAGAUGUUGGAGAAGCUCACGACUAUUACCAUGCCCUUGUUGCUAUUGUCAUUAUUUCCAUCAGUCUUCAAGUAAUCACUGGAAUAUUGCUGCUGAUUCUUGGAUCUUUAAAAGACCACACAGAGAGACAUGUCAGGCGGGCCAACAUACUCAACAAUAUCAUAAUUGGGUUUAUUCUUUUCAUUACUGUUGCAAAUAUUUUUAUCACAGCAUUUGGAGUCCAGUUCAGUAAACGUGACAAAUCUCCCAACCCAUUAUUUGAUCCGAACAAUAAUUUUUAAAAAUAAUACUUUUUAAAUAUAUUUUUCAUUUCUUUUUAGGUAAAAAAAAAACAAAAACAAUCAUGUAAAAUGAAAUAAAAAUGCAAAUUAUA